GAAACGAAUUUUUUAAGACCAAACGCUGAAACAGUUGGUUAUGCAUCUUUCAUUUUUUUUCGGUUAUUAAAUCCCAUAUUAACAUUGACUUGGUCUUAAAAAAAAAAAUCAAAACGAAGAAAUCUUCGGACAAACUCUAAAGAAGAAGGAACCUAAGAUCAAUGUGUUUUCCAUCUAGAACCCCACAUGUUUGAGCUUUGAUUCUCUUGAUCUUUCAUUCCUUCGUCAAAUUCUGAAAAUUUAAGGUUAUACAUUGAAAAUCUUUUACUUUACAGAAAGAUGUUAAUUUUUCUGUUGGUCUCAUGGUGAGAGAUCUAGAGAGAGAGAGAGAGAGAGAGUUUAAUCUAGAGAUCUUGUUUCAAUGAUUUAGGUGGAUAGAUGAUCAAAAGAACAUCUUUGAUGAUCUGGGUUUUGGUGGAAAAUUUGUGAUUUGAUUGAUGUACAGCAUCUGGACGUAGAUAGAUUGUUGGGCUGUUGAAUUAGAGAGAAAAAAUGGGGGUUGAUUACUACAAUAUAUUGAAAGUUGACAAGAAUGCCACAGAUGAUGAUCUAAAAAAGUCUUACAGGAAAUUGGCAAUGAAAUGGCAUCCUGACAAGAAUCCCACCAACAAGAAAGAAGCUGAAGCCCAAUUCAAGCAGAUCUCCGAGGCCUACGAGGUCUUGAGUGACCCACAAAAGAGAGCAAUUUAUGAUCAGUAUGGUGAAGAAGGAUUGAAAGACAUGCCACCGCCGGGCAGUGGCGGAUUCCCAUUUGGAAACAACGGCGGCGGUGGCGGUGGCAGCGGCGGCGGGGGGUCGAAUGGUUUCAAUCCAAGAAAUGCAGAGGAUAUAUUUGCAGAAUUCUUUGGGAGCAGUCCUUUUGGAUUUGGAUCAUCAGGACCUGGAAGGUCAACGAGAUUCCAGUCAGAUGGAGGCAUGUUUGGUGGAUUUGGUGGAAAUGAAAAUCUCUUUCGGACGGGCAGCGAAGGGACUGUGCCAAGAAAACCACCGCCAGUAGAAAGCAAAUUGCCAUGCACCCUUGAGGAGCUACACUCUGGAUCAACAAGGAAAAUGAAGAUCUCUAGAACCGUAGUUGAUGGCCAUGGGCGUCAAGUGCAAGAAACAGAGAUCCUAACCAUUGAUGUGAAGCCAGGGUGGAAGAAAGGAACAAAGAUUACUUUCCCAGAUAAAGGAAAUGAACAUUUGAAUCAGCUUCCAGCAGAUCUUGUGUUCAUCAUUGAUGAAAAACCCCACAGUAUCUACAAGAGAGAUGGCAAUGACCUCAUUAUAAACCAAAGGGUGUCAUUAGCAGAAGCUCUAGGAGGGACUACAAUAAAUCUCAAUACACUUGACGGUCGUGAGCUAAGCAUUCCAGUGCAGGAUAUAGUUAGCCCUGGUUACGAGCUUGUCAUUACCAGAGAAGGUAUGCCAAUUGCUAAGGAGCCAGGCAAUAGGGGUGAUUUAAAGAUAAAAUUUGAAGUGAAUUUCCCAACAAGAUUGACACCGGAUCAACGAGCAAGACUCAAGAAAGCCUUGGGGGGUUAAAGAUUGAUGAAUCUCCUUGUUUGGGUUUUUUAUCAAACAGUUAGAAGUCAUUUUAUUUGAAGUCUCUACUACAUUCUUGUAAAAGUGAGCAAAUAACCCUUUUUAUUGUCUUUAUUUCA